AGCUCCAGUCGACGGUGGGCUUUAUCAUUUUCCUGAUAAGUAACACAAAUUUAAAAAAUACGACUUAGGCUUACUAACCUAAUGAUUAAUUAUAUAUUAGAUAUUACACUGACGACGUUUUUCAAUACUUUAUCAAUAUUUUUCUUAUCAAUAAUUCGACCAAUCACGGGGCAGGACGUGAAAACAAAUACAUUCAGUUUUCACGUCGGACGUGAAAAUAACCACUGCCUUUACGUUUGGUAAUUUACUAAUUUUAAAUUUCCAAACUAAUUUCAAAAUGGAUGACGAAUGUGAGUCGUACAAACUGUGGCGUAUUCGAAAAACUGUUAUGCAGCUUUGCCAUGACAGAGGUUAUUUAGUCACACAGGAUGAAUUGGAUCAAACAUUAGAACAGUUUAAAGAACAAUUUGGAGAUAAACCUAGUGAAAAAAGACCUGGACGUAGUGAUUUAAUUGUCCUUGUGGCACAUAAUGACGAUCCUACAGAUCAAAUGUUUGUUUUCUUUCCUGAAGAACCAAAAAUUGGUAUAAAAACUAUAAAAACUUACUGUCAGAGGAUGCAAGAAGAAACCAUUACUCGAGCUAUUAUUGUUGUUCAACAAGGAAUGACUCCAAGUGCAAAACAAUCUUUAGUUGAUAUGGCUCCUAAAUAUAUAUUGGAACAGUUUUUGGAAUCUGAACUUCUAAUUAAUAUAACUGAACACGAACUAGUACCUGAACACAUUGUUUUGACACCAGAUGAGAAACAAGAACUUUUGUGCAGAUACAAAUUAAAAGAAAAUCAGCUUAUGAGAAUUCAAGUAGGUGAUCCAGUUUCUCGUUACUUCGGCUUAAAAAGAGGACAAGUAGUAAAAAUUGUAAGAAAUUCUGAAACUGCUGGACGUUAUAUUUCAUACAGAUUGGUAUGCUGAGGCUAAAUAUUAAAAAUGCUGUAAUUUGUUCACUUAAAAUAAAGUUGUACCAUAAAUUUAAAAUAUAAGACAUUUUUAAUAGGUA